CCACUGAAGUGCGGGCCUCCCCGGGGCAGGGAGCUCGUCUGGUUUUGCUCACGGUCUGUUUCCCAUCGGGAAGCUCCACCCGCCUCGUGUGGGGGGACGAGUGUCUGUCGAAAGGAUGAUGGAAUAACAUCUGCUUCUGGAGUUAACCCCAGAGGAGGUCGCCCGGUGUUUUUGGAGAAGUCAGUAAAACCGAAUCUGACAUCACCAGUGAGCCAGCAAGCGGCUUCUUCUCCGGGUAGCAGAGGAGGAAAUCGCUCACGGCGUGAGCGCACAUCAGCGAGGAGUAGGGCGCAUGCUGGUUCAGGGGGUCACAGCCGAUUUCCAGACCUGACCAUGCACCUGCGGCUCAAGCUUCUGGCGUUCGUCUGCGUGUUGCUGGACCUGGGAGGGCUCAGCGAGGGAAAUACCACUGUUGCCACUAUUCCUGGACAGAGCACACCGGAAGGCGCUCAGCCUCCAGCCGCCCGCUCACCCGCCCGCACCUCGUCACCCUCACCCGCAGGCACCUCUGAGCCGGACAGUGGCUCUCCAGAGGCCGUGACAUCUCUUAGCGCCGGGGGCCCUUCCCCAGAGAUGCCCCCUCAGGACAGUGCCGGUGGGCCCGGCGUGACAGAUGCCACAUCAGCACCGGUGCCCCCCUCGACACCAUCCACAGACCCCCAGGCACCCACUGCCGGACUUCGCUCUCAGGCACCCAGCGUGGCCCCCCCACCCGCACCCACUCCUGCCCCCGGCGGCCAGGACACGGCAGGGACUCCGGCAGACUCGGCCCCCUCCGGCGCCUCCCCGGCAGCCACCGCCGCCCCCAGCCCCGCACACAGCAGCCCGGCUGCCUCACCCACACGCAUCUCCGACAGCACCUCCAAUUCCUCAGACCCGGGCACGACCCUGGCCACCUCAGCCCCUCAGAGACCUGCAGCAGACAACCCCACACUCACUACCACAGCCCUAGUUACAACUGCACCCAAGCCGUCCUGCGAGGACAAGUUUGCAGGCAUCUCUGUGACCUAUCUUCCUGACAGCAGAAAUAAUCAAUUUAAGGCAAAAUUAAAAGUCAGUGAUGAUGUGACAUGUUCCCCUGAGUCAUGUGUAAACCGAGAGAUCUCCGGCCUGGAUGAAUGUAGAACUCUCAGUAUUAACAUCCACCACCGUUCAUGCACUGAUCCCCCCAAAAAAUUAACAUUACACGUCCCACCAGGUCCUGACCAUUUCCAUUUGGAGAAAUGUCUGCAGGAUCAGGAAGACACAGACACUUCUAUUUGCUUAAUUUGGCAACUUCAGGGAAACUUCACUUGUAACAAAAGUAAACUUCAGUACAGGCAUCAAUGUGAUAAUGUUACUUCAGAUAAGGAGGAAAUUAAACUAAAUAACCUUCAACCUAGUACAGAUCACGACUGUACGUCAGAAGUGCUCUAUGAGAACUACUCUGUUUCUAAAAAGCAUCAGACUGUUCGGACAGAAUCUGAGAUGCCAGGGCAGCUGCAGAACCUGACCUGUACUGGAUCUGACAAAGCAGCAGAGGUCACCUGGGCACCUCCGUCGACUUUCUUUCGUGGCUUUCUUCUUUGCUGCAAGCCAGAAGGAAGAGAUGGAUGUAGCCAAGAGAUGGAUGUAGCCAAGGAAAACUCCCAAAUGCCUAUCAGGAGCCUGACCUGUAGACCAGGUGGCUCCUGCCAUAAACUGAGCAAGACUGAGAACAGCGGUGCUUUGCGGGAGCUGGAGCCGUAUACAAAGUACUGUGUCACUGUGUACGCCUCCGUCGAGGGGAAAAGGCCGCGCAAGGGGCCUCCCAGAACAUGUACAUUUCAAACAAAAGAAGCACCCCCCACCAAGGUCAAGGACAUCAUCGUCUCGCCGAUGUCAGAUAACAGUAUGCUAGUGACUUGCCAGAGACCCGACCACAUCUACGGCCCCCAAAAAAACUACAGCCUGACAGUCAAGACUGGGGGUGCUGAGGUUCAACGUCACUCAAGGGAAGAGUGCAGAUUCAUUGUGAAAGAUCUGAGCUAUUCAACACAAUAUUUCUUUGAGAUCUUUUUGAACAACGGGGUGCACAAUGGACCCACGGCGUCUGCUCCUGGAUCAACAUCAUAUAAUUCUAAGGCGCUGAUCGGGUUUCUCGUGUUUCUGAUUGUGGUGACCACAGUAGCCCUGCUCAUUGUUCUCUACAAAAUCUAUGACCUGCACAAGAGGAGAUCCAGCAAUUUAGAUGAACAACAGGAACUCGUCGAAAGGGAUGAUGAGAAGCAGCUGAUGAGCGUGGAUCCCAUCCACGCCGACGUGUUGCUGGAAACCUACAAGAGAAAGAUUGCAGACGAGGGGAGACUUUUCCUGGCCGAGUUCCAGAGCAUCCCUCGGGUGUUCAGCAAAUUCCCCAUCAAGGAGGCUCGGAAGUCCUGUAACCAGAAUAAGAACCGAUACGUGGACAUCCUUCCCUAUGAUUACAACCGUGUCGAGCUGUCAGAAAUAAACGGUGACGCAGGGUCCAACUACAUCAACGCCAGCUACAUUGACGGUUUCAAAGAACCCAGGAAGUACAUCGCUGCACAAGGUCCCAGGGAUGAAACGGUUGGUGAUUUCUGGAGGAUGAUCUGGGAACAGAAGGCCACGGUGAUUGUCAUGGUCACACGAUGCGAGGAAGGGAACAGGAACAAGUGCGCAGAGUAUUGGCCGUCCAUGGGCGAAGGCGCCCGGGAGUACGGAGACGUCCUCGUGAGGAUCAGUGAGCACAAAACCUGCCCGGACUACAUCAUCCAGAAGUUCAGCAUCACCAAUAAAAAGGAGAAGACGGCUGGAAGGGAGGUCACCCACAUCCAGUUCACCAGCUGGCCAGACCACGGGGUGCCCGAGGACCCCCACCUGCUCCUCAAACUGCGCAGGAGGGUGAACGCCUUCAGCAACUUCUUCAGUGGCCCCAUUGUGGUGCACUGCAGUGCCGGCGUGGGGCGCACCGGCACCUACAUCGGCAUCGACGCCAUGCUGGAGGGUCUGGAGGCCGAGAACAAGGUGGACGUGUACGGCUACGUGGUCAAGCUGCGGCGGCAGAGGUGCCUGAUGGUGCAAGUCGAGGCGCAGUACAUCCUGAUCCAUCAGGCCUUGGUGGAGUACAAUCAGUUUGGGGAGACAGAGGUGGGCCUGGCUGAGCUACAUCAGUACCUGUCCAACCUGAAGAAGCGGGACCCGCCCAGCGAGCCCUCUCCGCUGGAGGCGGAGUUCCAGAGACUCCCUACGUACAGGGGCUGGAGAACACAGCACACUGGGAACCAGGAAGAAAACAAGAGCAAGAACAGGAUCUCCUCCGUCGUCCCAUACGACUUCAACAGGGUGCAGCUGAGACAGGAGCUGGACUUCAGCAAGGAGAGCGAGCAGGAGUCGGACGAGUCCUCGGACGACGACAGCGACGCCGACGAGAACAGCAGAUACAUCAACGCCUCCUUCGUGACGAGUUACUGGAAACCGGAUGUGAUGAUCGCUGCCCAGGGGCCGCUGAAGGAGACCACCGGGGACUUCUGGCAGAUGGUCCUCCAGAGAAGAGUCAAGGUUAUCGUGAUGCUGACAGACCUGAAGAACGGAGACCAGGAGGCCUGCGCGCAGUACUGGGGAGAAGGCAAGCAAACGCACGGAGACGUGGAAGUCAACCUGAAAGACACCGCCCAGUCCUCUGCUUACACCCUCCGCAUCUUCGAGCUGAGACACUCCAAGCGGAAAGAGCCCCAGACCGUGUACCAGUACCAGUUCCAGCACUGGCGGGCGGCCGAGCUCCCGGAGGAACCCAAGGAGCUGGUGUCGAUGAUCCAGGCUCUCAAGCAGAAGCUGCUCAUGCGGGGCCCCGGCGACGGGCACAGACACCACAGGAGCGUGCCGCUGCUGGUGCACUGCAGAGAUGGAUCUCAGCAGACAGGAGUGUUCUGUGCUUUGUUAAAUCUCCUGGAAAGUGCGGAGACAGAAGAUGUGAUUGAUGUUUUCCAAGUGGUGAAAUCUCUACGCAAAGCCAGGCCGGCCAUGGUCUCUACAUUUGAGCAAUACCAGUUCCUGUACGACAUCAUCGCCAGCAUCUACCCUGCCCAGACCAGGCAGGUGAAGAAGAGCGCCGACCGGGAGGAUAAGAUUGAGUUCGAUAACGAGGUGGACCAAACCCAACAGGAGGCGAAUUCCACGUGCAGCCUGGAGAAGACUCAGGAAGGAGGCAAAGAGGAGGGAGCCCCCAAACCUGCCCGCGGCACCGAGGAGCCAGAACACUCUGCCAACGGCCCGGCAAGCCCAGCCAUGACCCAGAGCACAUAGGACCAGCCGUGGUGAAGGGGGGGGGGUGGCUCAGAACUGUCCACAAAAUGUUAUUUCUAUUUUUCUACAAGUAGGGCACAACAUAGAGAUACAGUGGAUUAACCAGGUGGUGGGGGACCAACUUUUCCGGCAAGUUUCUGGGGUUUUUUUUGUUUACUAUGGAAAAUAUUUAAGACCCUUUUGUACAGUGUCAUGCUUAUUUUAGAAGUUUGCCUAUCACUCAGCAAAAAGUAACUUCUCUGUAGCCUUUACAUGUAUGUGGGUUUGGGUGUGCACGCAUGAGAGAGAGGGAAUGCAGAUUUUAAGGGAAUCUAACAGUUCCUGAAAACCUUUGCCUUUUUGUUGUUUUUUUUUUUUUUUUUUUUAAGAA